GCAUAGGAGAGACACAGAAAGAAUAAAACACGGGCGGGUGGGGGGAGUUGGAAUAUGACAGGGAGGGGGAGAUUAAAAAGCAGCAGCAUGAGGAGGAGUAGGGAGGCAGGGUGAAAUAUGAAAGGAGGGUGCGGGAGAGAUAAAGGGAGGAGAGCGGUCGGGCAGUGUAUAUAUAAGAGAGUUGCGAGCUCCAGAGCAGACAGGGGACCAGGGAUAAGACGAGCAGCCGGUGCAGCCAGGGAUAUCGGUAGCUGCUUAUUGCGAUUUGUGUCUCAUCUGACUCCGCUUGUGACAGCUCCACUCACUUUCCUCCUUGCUCUCUGGGAGCUGCCGACCCCACACAGAUAGCUGGAAUUCUGCUUUUCACAAGCAAAAAUAUGGCCUUGCCGGAUGUGACUAGACUUCUGCGUGUAAUGUUCUGCACAUUGUUUGUUACACUUGGGUACACAGGUACAUGCCCUGAAGAUGAUCCUCAGCUAAAGCCCUGGAGCCCUGGCCACAAUGAAGACAAUCAUGUGAAUAUCAAUGGAACCACAAAGCUUCUCCUCACUUCAUCUGCCACUGUGCACUCUGUGCACAUCACUGAAGGAGGGAAACUUGUCAUUAAAGCCAGUGAGAACCCUAUAAUCCUGCACACAAGAUCUAUACUGGUGGAGCAUGGAGGGGAACUGCACAUAGGAAGCGAGGACUGCCCUUUUCAGGGUCAUUUUACCAUCGUCCUUUAUGGAAGGUCAGAUGAUGAUGAGGCACCUCAUGACUAUUUUGGCCAAAAAUUCAUUGGAGUGGGCGUAGGAGGAACCCUUGAAAUUCAUGGGGAGAAAAAAUUGUCUUGGACAUUUCUGAACAAGACGCUGCAUCCUGGGGGCAUGAGCGAAGGAGGAUAUUACUUUGAGAAGAGUUGGGGUCACCGUGGAAUAAUUGUUCAUGCUAUCAGUCCCAAGACUGGUGAAGUGAUUCAUUCUGACAGGUUUGACACAUUCAAGUCCCGAGAUGAGAGUAUCCGCUUGGCUCACUUUCUCAAAUCUGUCUCAGAUGGAACUAUCCUGUCCAUUGCUGUGAAUGAUGAGGGCUCCCGACACUUGGAUGAUUUAACAAGGAAAACCAUGACAAGACUUGGCAGCCGUCACUUUCUGCGUCUUGGAUUCCGGCAUCCCUGGUGUUUUAUCACCGUAAAAGGAGACCCAUCAAGUGCUGUGGAAGACCAUGUUGAAUACCAAGGAAGCAGGGGCUCAGCGGUGGCCACAGUGCACAAAUUAUUCCAAGCUGAAAAUGGUGAAGCUUUUAAUGUGUCUUUAACCAGUGAGUGGAUUCAGGAUGUGGAAUGGACAGAGUGGUUUGACAAGUAUGACAACACAAUGUACCGGGACUGGGAGAAACUCUCCGAACUAAGGACCAUUUAUCCUGGAAAGAUCUGCACACACCCUGUUGACAUCCAGGUAACUGCCCUUGAUGGCACCACUAUUCCAGUACAAGUGGUCUAUAAAGGGGGACAUGAUUAUAGAUUUGAGUGUCGGAAGAAUGACCAGAUCAGUUUACAGUGCCCGAACUACAAAGUCCGAUUCCUUUGUGGAAAACCAGUGAGACCCCGGUUGAUAGUGACCAUAGAUACCAAUGUGAACAGCACCGUCCUGCAUCUGGCAGACAACGGCAAGUCUUGGAAAGCAGGAGAUGUCAUUGUUGUGGCCAGUACUGAUUACUCCAUGCACCAGACUGAAGAAUUCACAUUGAUGCCCUGCAGAGCCUGCUCUGCCAAUCAGAUCAAAGUGAAAGGUAAAGCCAAGUACCUUCACAUUGGUGAGCACAUGGAUGGUGUUGAUAUGAGGGCAGAAGUCGGGCUCCUCAGCAGGAACAUAGUAAUUUAUGGAAAAAUGGAGCAGACCUGUUAUAACUCUUCUGUUUGUAAAUACUUCAACUUUGACACAUUUGGAGGCCAUCUCAAGGUUAGACGUGGUUUCAAGGCUGUGCAUCUUGAAGGAAUGGAGGUCAGGCACAUGGGACAGCAGACGAUGGGGCACUACCCUAUCCAUUUCCACACUGCCGGCAAUGUGGAUGAAAAGGGAGGAUAUUUCCCACCCACUUACGUGAAAGAUAUCUCAAUCCAUCACACUUUUUCCCGCUGCAUCACUGUCCACGGCUCCAAUGGCUUACUGGUUAAAGACAUUGUGGGUUAUGACAGCCUGGGGCACUGCUUCUUCACAGAAGAUGGGCCUGAGGAACGGAACACCUUUGACCACUGUUUAGGCCUUCUUACCAAAGCUGGAACUCUGCUGCCAUCAGACAGAGACAAUACAAUGUGCAAAAACAUCUUGGAUGGGUCAUACCCAGGAUAUGUAGCCAAACCCAGGCAAGAUUGCAAUGCUGUUUCCACCUUCUGGAUGGCGAACCCCAACAACAACCUCAUCAAUUGUUCAGCUGCAGGGUCUGAAGAAACUGGAUUUUGGUUUGUUUUCCAUCAUGUGCCUACUGGACCGUCUGAAGGAUUGUACUCUCCAGGGCACUCCGAACACACCCCACUUGGAAAAUUCCUUAACAACAGAGCUCAUUCCAACUACAGGGCUGGAAUGAUCAUUGACAAUGGAGUGAAGACUACUGAAGCCAGUUACAAAGAUAAGAGACCAAUAUUCACACUGGUUGGAGCAAGGUAUGGGCCACAUCAGGACGCUGAUCCUUUCAAGCCGCGAGUACCUGCAAUAAUCCAGCAUUUUAUUGCUUACAAGAACCAAGACCAUGGAGCCUGGCUGCGUGGAGGCGAUGUUUGGCUGGAUAACUGCCAAUUUUCAGAUAAUGGCAUUGGAUUAACACUUGCCAGCGGGGGCACUUUCCCAGAUGAUGAUGGAUCCAAGCAAGAAAUUAAAAACAGUAUAUUUGUUGGUGAGAGUAACAAUGUGGGGACAGAAAUGGCAGACAACCCAGUUUGGGGACCAGGGGGCAUUGACCACAGCGGAAGAACUCUCCCGAGGGGCCAAAACUUCCCAAUCCGUGGAAUUCAGAUCUAUGACGGGCCAAUUAAUAUUGAGAACUGCACCUUCAGAAAAUUUGUAUCUCUGGAAGGACGUCACACCAGUGCAAUUGGAUUCCGACUCAACAAUACCUGGCAAAGCUGCCCCAAGAAUAAUAUGACUAAUAUUAAAUUUCAGGAUGUGCCUAUUUCAUCCAGAGUUUUCUUUGGGGAGCCUGGCCCAUGGUUCAAUAAGUUGAACAUGGAUGGGGACAAGACAACCGUAUUCCAUGAUUUGGAUGGUUCGGUAUCAGAAUAUCCUGGGGCGUACCUGAUUAAGGAUGAUAACUGGUUGUUGAGACACCCUGAUUGCAUUGAUGUGCCUGAUUGGAAGGGAGUCAUCUGCAGCGGGAACUAUGCACAAAUCUACAUCCAGGCACGAAGACCAGCUGACCUAGGAAUGAAGAUUAUAAAAGAUGAGUAUCCGGAUCAUCCAAUGCAUCUGGAGGGAGCUUUGGGUAAAAUCAACCAUUAUCAGCAGUACCAGCCUGUGAUUACUCUGCAGAAAGGCUACACAGUGCACUGGGAUAACACCGCCCCAGAGGAGCUCACAAUCUGGCUUAUCAAUUUCCAGAGGCACAACUGGAUUCAAAUAGGAUUUUGUUAUCCUAAAGGGACAACAUUUUCCAUCCUCUCAGACAUCCACAAUCGUCUCACAAAGCAAACUUACAAAACAGGAACCUUUGUGCGAACCUUCCAGAUGGAUAAAAUCUACCAGGCCCACCCCGGCAGGGGUUAUUAUUACUGGGAUGAAGAGUCAGGGCUUCUGUUCGUUACACUGAAAGGACAAAAUGAAAAGGAGAAAUUUGCCUUCUGCUCUGUGAAAGGCUGUGAGAGGAUAAAGAUCAAAGCUUCAAUCCCAAAGGGUGCAGGUGUCAGUAAUUGCCAAGCAUUUGCCUAUCCCAAAUAUGCUCAGACUCCAGUGGUGGAUGUGCCAAUGCCAAAGAAGCUGGACCCAAGCCUUCUGCCAACCUCUAGUGAUCACUUUCUGGAGAUAAAAGUUGAGACUUACAACACCAGAUAUUUCCAUCUGAAUGACGACUUUGCCUACAUUCAGGUUGGUGGCACAAAGUAUUUUAUGCAGGAUGAUGGGAUUGAAGUUGUUGUAAUUGAUGGAUACAACGGGAAAGUUGUGGAUAGUGCGAGCUUCAGAACCUCCAUUCUCCAAGGAAUUCCAGCACAAUUCAACAACUAUGUCACAAAUAUCAAGGAUAACUCAGUGGUGGUCAUUGUCUCCAAGGGAAGGCUGUAUCCCAAAGGCCCCUGGGUGAAGGUUCUGGGGAGACUUGGGAUUGAGGCAGAUGUAAAGCUAAAAGAGAAAAUGGCCUUUGUGGGCUAUAAGGGGCACUUUCAUCCCUUGUGGAUCAAGCUGGUUACUGACAACGAAGCAGCCAAAAUCUUUCAAGCCAUUCCAUUCCCUGUGAAAAGGAAAAUGAAAUUAUGAAGCUGAGGAGAGACCUUACCUUUAUCAUCACUGCCAGAAGAGUGAGGAGCCCCUUAGAUAGAAUGCACAACUGCUCCUCCCAAGGACUGCAUUCAGACUGUGUUUUCUUUAUACUGGUUAUGUUUGUUCCCGGGUAGAUGGAAACCUGUCCCUAGCACUUAGAAUAAGGUCCCUUAGAAAAGCUGUUUUUCCAUGCAUGGGAUCGUAAUGCUGUCAGAUGAAAAGUACUCCAGGGGUAACUCCUAAUGCAUUCCUGUUGUUAAGGCUCAGUAUAGUAGCUAGUGUUUUGUGGUGUGUGAGAUUCAUUUUGGGUCACAUUGUUUGCAUCAAACAUUUUACCAAAAUAUUAGUGUUAUCUUCACACCCGAUCAGAUUCACCCAUUCGAGCACCCUAUUUACACAAUGUGCUCUAAAGGUCACCUAAUAUAUACACUAUACAGCACUAAACCAAUAGAUGGUUGCUUUGUGUUAGUAUGUACAAGUGCCCAUUUGCUGUGAAAAUGCCAUUUCUUAGAUGAGGGACAUUUGAAGUUGUCCUUAGCCUUCAGACCUUUUGCUUUGGGACCAGAAAUCCAGUGACAGGUGAAGCAAAGCCCAGUGAAUAUGACAGACCUGCCUGCUGAUCAAUAUGAGAAGAGCAAUUCAUCACAAACUGAUUUGUGCUCAUGUAACUAGUGGAAAUAUGAUGGUUUUAGAAAGGGGAGUAAUUUUUAAUUGCUUUGCUUGAAGGCUGCCAUUGGGAUUGGUAGUUGGCUAACAUCAGAGGUUGGCCAAACCUAAUUCUAUUGUUCUCCCUUUCAGAAUGAGCGAUACUUACCCAUAGCAAACCUAUGCUUUCAGGUGAUAGUCAAUAAGCAUAUAAAGAUUGCUUCAACAUUCUCCUGUCUUUUGACUGAAGCGGUCUAUAUGCCGGUGAGUGGGAAGAUCCUUGUGCUGCACUUCCAAUUUCAUGAUCCUAGAAAUCUGCCUUUGUUUUACAAUAGGAGAACAAAUGAAUGGCUCUUAGAUCUCCAUACACUAAAGCAAAGCUGCCUGGCCUGAUAUGGCCUUCCAAAAGAUUUUGUAACCUCAGACUGCUGACUUCUUUGUAUGAAAUCAUAAUUGUUUAAUCAUUUUAUUAUACUCUAGUUCCCAAACAUGCAGUAUAGUUAAUAAAAGGCUCAUUAUAUGAUGUUGGGCAGCACUGCAUUAAAGUGUUGUAUCUAACACUUUGAAUACGACUCCUGUACCAUACUAUGGUGCUGCCCAGCAUUCUGGAGGACAUGUAAGCCAGGGACAUUCCCGGGGCCACCCAAGUGCCCCCCACUUCCUACUCCAAACACAUGCCAAGCUGCAGACGGAGUGCAGUGCAAGAGUUCUAGGAGACAGUGGAAUUUUCAUCUUGCCCAUUUCUGUAAACCUGACACUGUACCAUAGCAAUGCAAGGAAGGUCCCCAACACACACUGGUCUCUCUUUUAUGCCAAAGUAGAUUUUAUUGGGUGCAUUUUUAAUAGUAACACUAGCACUUUCUCACUUUAACCUGUUUUUUAUGCAUAACAAUCCCAUGCAAUUUCUAAUUGUGCAGUUGGAAUCGUAUCUAGUUAUUGUAUUCUAUUUCUGUAUGCUCCAGCGAUGUGCUCAGUCAUGUUUGCUUGAUGGGGUAGUCUAGUGUGCAUUUCAAUACGCUAUCAACCAUGACUUUACGCAUUACUAGUACUCUCAACACUGGUUACUGAAACAGCAGUGCCGAGUUCAAGUUCCCUACACUGGUCCAUAGACUUGUCCCAGUGCCUGGUUAUGUGGUUACCUUAUUAUAUAGUAUAAAGGCCUCAAGUGCUAAUAGGGGAGACAUACUGUAUCUGACUGUAGCUCAGCUGACCAACACAUGAUAAAUUGGUCCCCUUAGAACAACAUAUGUCACCUAUUAAACCACCACCUUGUGACUUAUAGACACUCCAAGUUAUUAGUUGAGGGUGUAUGAAAAUAUGAGUGCUACCACAUAACAUCAGAGUAGGAGUUAGGGAGGUAAGGCAUGCUGUGUUCCAGUGGUUUUGCUUUGCACUAUCUGGUGGUUUCUGCUGCAUUAGAAAAUCACCUUUCCAGCACUCUAGAGUAGCUAUAGGUUGACGUGGACACAUAUCUUGCCCAAACCAGCUUCGCCAAUGGGAUAAACAGAUUAUCUGCUACGCACUUAGAUUCAAUGACUAGGAUGCGAUAUUUCUGGUACAGAAAUUGUGUAUUCUCGUUCGUUUGUUUUCCAGGCACCGAAAUAGCUGGUCCUUUUUCGGAAAUAGAUGUAAAAGUUUCUGUAAAGUGUUUUGUAUGUAAGCAAUAUUUCUUAUAGACUUCUUCUUCACGUGAAAAGAAAUAUAUAUAUUUUGUAUUUAUUUAUUCAUCAGAAGGCCUGGGAAUGGACUAGAUGUGUCAUUGUCCCAUAGAUGUAAAAGGUUUUGAAUAAAUGGCUAUUUUUAGAGAUCUUCUUUGUAAAUCAGUAUUUCUGUUAUCAACAAGAUUGGAAAACCAUGUUUUGUUUUUAAAAAAAAUGCCUGUUUUGCUGAUUUUGACUUAUCUAGAGGAUGUCGUCUGUUUGGAAUUCCCAAAUAAAGGUUCAAAACAA